UAAACGUAGUUUCGAGUGAUGAUCUUCGAUACGUUAUCGGCUUAUUUCGUAAAUUUUGCAGAUAAAUGUUCAUUUAUGUUCUAAAGUCUGUGAAGACAGAGUUUAAUGUUCCAGUCGAUGAGCGCUAUUGAACUGUCACGAUGAAACUGAUUUUAUUACUGACUGCAAUAAUAGCAUCUGCUACUGUUGUGUUGUCCUUCCCAGUUCAAGAAACUCCGCGUUUCGGUUAUGAGUCAUGCCCAACUGGAGAAGCUGAUAAGUUGAAUGUUCAUUUAGUGUGUCAUACUCAUAAUGAUGUUGGAUGGUUGAAAACUGUGGACCAAUACUUUUAUGGAGCAAAUCAGUCAAUUCAACGUGCAGGAGUGCAGUACAUUUUGGAUUCUGUGGUCCAAUCUUUGCAGCAUGAUCCAAAGAAGAAAUUUAUAUACGUGGAAACUGCAUUCUUUUCUAGAUGGUGGAACGAGCAGCAUGAUUCAGUUCGACAUGCUGUGAAAAAACUUGUUUGCAAUGGUCAGUUGGAAUUCAUUGGUGGAGGCUGGAGUAUGAAUGAUGAAGCUGCAGCUCAUUAUAAUUCUAUCAUCGAUCAAAUGACUUUUGGGCUGCGAGUGCUGAAUGACACUUUUGGCAAAUGUGGUGUGCCUAAAAUUGCAUGGCAGAUUGAUCCUUUUGGACAUUCAAGAGAACAGGCUUCAUUAUUUGCUCAGAUGUUUUUUGAUGGUUUGUUCUUUGGGCGACUGGAUUAUCAAGAUAAAAAUCACAGAGAGAGUACAAAAACGAUGGAACAUGUUUGGAAAGCAAGUGCUAAUUUAGGUGCCAGAGCAGAUUUAUUCACUGGAGCUUUGCCUAAUUCAUACAGUCCGCCUGCUGGCUUCUGUUUUGAUAUUCUUUGUGACGACCCACCUAUUAUGGAUGAUCCAAAUUUAAAAGAUUACAAUGUAGAGCAGCGAGUGUCAGAGUUCAUUGGAAUUGCUGAAAGCCAGUCCCAAUUUUAUGCUACUAAUCACAUAGUGAUGACGAUGGGAAACGAUUUCAAUUAUCAAAAUGCAGCUACUUGGUUUAAAAACCUUGACAAGUUGAUAAAACAUGUUAAUGAAAAGCAAAAGAAUGGUAGUCGUGUGAAUGUAUUUUAUUCGACUCCUUCAUGUUAUCUCUAUGCUCUGAAUAAAGCCAAUCGCACAUGGACUGUGAAAUAUGAUGAUUUUAUGCCAUAUGCAAGUGACCCACAUGCCUAUUGGACUGGAUAUUUUACCAGCAGACCAUCAAUAAAAGGAUAUGAAAGAGUAGGAAAUAAUAAAAUGCAGGUAUGCAAACAGUUAGCAGCCAGGACUGAUAUUGAAGAAGUUGCUCUUGAUUUCAUGAGAAGAGCCAUGGGUAUCAUGCAGCAUCAUGAUGCAAUUACUGGAACAGCAAAACAACAUGUCACAAAUGAUUAUGAGCAAACGUUGGCAGCUGCCAUUGAGAGUUGUUAUGAUAUUGUCAAUGAAGCAUACGAAAAGUUAAUGCCAGCUAAUGUCAGUAAUCCUUCUCUUAAGCAAUAUUUCUGCAAUUUUCUGAAUAUUAGUCAAUGUAAUAUAACUGAAGAAAACUCUGCUAUAGCUAUCACAAUUUACAAUCCUCUUGCAUGGAAUGUUACAGAAUAUGUACGUGUACCUGUUACAGGAAAAGCUUAUAAAAUACUUGAUUACAAUGGAAAAGCUGUGGAAGCUCAGGUGGUACCAGUGUCAUCAGCAAUGUUGCAAGUGCCUGGCAGAAAAUCAAAAGCUGUGGCCGAAGUUGUAUUUCAAGUCCAGUUACCACCUUUGGGGUAUGCAACUUACCUUUUACGAAACUCAUCGUCAGGUGCUGUUAUGAAAGAUCAAGCUAGUAAAAUUCACAGGAAAGCUCAAGGGGAUUGGAUAAUUAAGAAUGAACAUCUUACUGUCUUUGUUGAUGGAAAGUCUGGUCUCUUGAAAGGAGUUCGUUUAGCAGAUGGUUCCAAUAUAACUGUGAAUCAGUCAUUUUAUUGGUACAGAGGUAUGAAUGGUAAUAACAGUGAAUUUCAGUUUAGAGCAUCUGGUGCUUACAUAUUUAGACCAAAUGGUACAGAGCCCUUACCUUUGGGAAAUAAUGUUGAUAUAACACUUAUAAAUGGUUCAUUAGUUCAGGAAAUUCACCAAAUUUUUACUCCAUGGCUGAGUCAGAUCGUUCGCCUUUAUAAGGGAUCAGAGAAUGUUGAAAUGAAAUGGCUUGUGGGUCCUAUUCCUGUCGAAGAUAAUGUGGGAAAAGAAAUUAUUACAAGGUUUGAUACAGACUUAAAAACUGGAGAUCUCUUUUAUACUGAUUCUAAUGGAAGAGAAAUGGUUUUAAGAAAGAGAAACUAUCGUCCUACUUGGACGUUGAAUCUUACUGAACCAGUGUCAGGAAAUUAUUACCCUGUGAAUAGUAGAAUCUUUAUUCAGGAUAAAAAAGCUCGUCGACAGUUCACUGUUUUGUCUGAUAGAUCACAAGGAGGAUCAAGUUUAAAAGACGGGUCAAUAGAAUUAAUGAUUCACCGUCGCUUGUUGCAUGAUGAUGCAUUUGGGGUAGGUGAAGCUUUAAAUGAAACUGGUGUAGAUGGCCAUGGUUUGGUUAUAACUGGAUCUCAUUACUUGCUCUUCACUAGCAUAGAUAAAGCUGCAUCAAAGCACCGACCACUUGCACAGAAACUGUUUAUGAAGCCUCAAAUAAGUUUUGCAUUCUACAAUACCUCAGAAGAUGAAUAUAUGAAAGCAUAUAAAAUGAUUUCUCCAGGAUUGAAAACAUCACUACCACCUAAUGUCCAUUUUCUUACUUUGGAACCAUGGAAAAGAGGCAUGCUAUUACUUCGUUUCGAACACUUUUAUGAAUGGGAUGAUGAUGCAGUUCUAAGCAAGCCCACUAAUUUUACUCUGAAGAAUCUUUUUAAUGAUUUUGAGGUCCUGAGCAUUGAUGAGACAACACUUAGUGCUAACCAAUAUUUAGAUGAAGCUAAGCGAUUAAGAUGGAAUAUUGAAGGAAGGGCAGUGCAUGGCAAUUCAAAUGUUACAGAUUAUCACAAAGAUGUUGCCCUUGAUCAUUUGAAUAUUAAUCUUACGCCAAUGCUGAUACGCACAUUCCUUGCAAAAAUUAAACAGUUAUGACUCUGUUAAAGGUGUUGAAUUGUGCAGAGAAGAAAGGUGUAGGACUGUUUGUUUAAUCGAUGAUCUACUCGUUUGUUGCAAAAUGUUAUUUAUAUAUUUCUAUGUACUUUUUGUUGAAAACAGGUGCUAUUUAAGUUUGUUUCUUUCAAUAACAUUAUACUGCUGUUUAUUUAAUUUGUCUAUUUAUUUCAACAACAUUUUGAGGAUAUUUAUGUAAAGUACAGUUGUUGGGAAUCUCAUUAAAGGUAAUGAAAAAUUUGUUUUGGUAAGAUGUAAAAUUCAUCUCUACUUAAAAUAGUUAAAUAAAGAGUUAAAUAAAGAUUUCUGUUCUA